AGCAAACUCUAUUUACUGUAUCAACACGUUAGGCAGGCUAGAAUACCUCAAGACCGUCAAGACCGUCAAGAUCAACGACAAUGGCCUCAAGACCCACCGUUACCGUCCAAUCCGUCUCCGGAGAGGCCUCAACCUCCCUUCCCCUUCCUGCCGUUCUCACAGCUCCCAUCAGGCUUGAUGUAGUCGCCCAGGUUCACAAGAGCAUGGCCAAGAACAGGCGUCAGGCUUAUGCUGUCAGCGAGAAGGCCGGCCACCAGACUUCCGCUGAGUCCUGGGGCACUGGUCGCGCUGUUGCACGUAUUCCUCGUGUCGGUGGUGGUGGUACCCACCGUUCUGGCCAGGCUGCCUUUGGAAACAUGUGCCGUGGCGGUCGCAUGUUCGCCCCCACCAAGACUUGGCGCAAAUGGCACGUCAAGGUCAACCAAAACCAGCGCCGCUUUGCUACCGUCUCUGCACUCGCAGCUUCCGCGCUCCCCUCCCUUGUUCUCGCCCGCGGUCACCGUAUCGAGCAAAUUGCCGAGGUUCCUCUUGUCGUUGAUAACGCAGCUGAGUCCUUCAAGAAAACCAAGGAGGCUAUAACUCUCCUCAAGGCCCUGAAUGCAUACACGGAUGUCACCAAGGUCUCUAACUCGCGCAAACUCCGUGCAGGAAAGGGCAAGAUGCGCAACCGCCGCUACCGUCAACGUCGUGGCCCUCUUGUCGUUUUCAAGGACGACAACGGCAUCGUCCAGGCUUUCCGUAACUUGCCUGGUGUCGAACUCGUCAACGUCCAAAGGUUGAACCUUCUCCAACUCGCUCCUGGUGGACACAUUGGCCGCUUCGUCAUCUGGACAGAGGGCGCCUUCAGCCUCCUUGAUGAGGUAUUCGGCACCUUCGACAAAGCCUCCUCGUACAAGAAGGACUACCUCCUUCCUACCGCUAAGAUCUCUAACCCCGACGUUACUCGUCUCAUCAACAGCACUGAGAUUCAAUCUGUUGUUCGCCCUGCGGGCCCAAGGGUCCAGAAACGCCCAUGGACGCAGAAGAAGAACCCUCUCGUCAACAAGGGCGUUCUCUUCCGCAUGAACCCUUACGCCAAGACCCUCCGCAGACAAGAGUUGCUCAAGCAGGAGCGUGUCAAGGCACAAAAAGACAAGAAAGGAAAGAAGGCCAAGGGCUCCUCUGCUGGAGAGGCCUUCCUCAACACGUUGUUCGCUCCUUGAAUGUGUUGAAGUUAUGGUUACCUACAUCUACGUCGAUUGUCCUCGCAUGCCCUUAUGCAUUCAUGCCAUGCAAAAAUUGUCAUUCAUGGAGACUGUACUUUGCCAGUACUUCUGAUCAAUUUCAGAUCUCGUUCCACUCCAUUCUCGCUUAGUCAAAGUGCGUCCAAAGGAGUUAUGUUUCAGCCACAUCACUCCUGUCAAAAGUGGCCGCGUUUUUAGA